GAGGAGGAGGAGGAGGGGGCGGGGCCUAAGCGAGGCUGUUCCUGGGCCUCCCUCCUUCCCUCCCUCCCUCCGCAGAGAUCGCAGAGCCGAAGGAGCAGCAGCGGCAGCAGCAGCAACAAGGGCCCAAGAGGAGGAGGAGGGGGAGGAAGGCUCUUCUCUUCCUCGCCCGCCAUGGCGAUCCGCAAGAAGAGCAACAAGAACCCUCCGGUGCUGAGCCACGAGUUCGUCGUGCAGAACCACGCGGACAUCGUCUCUUGCAUGGCCAUGGUCUUCCUGCUGGGGCUCAUGUUCGAGGUUACAGCAAAAGCAGCCGUUGUUUUUGUUACACUUCAGUAUAAUGUCACCAUUCCUGCCACAGAAUCAGAGUCCACAGAAACAAUCACGUUGUAUCACUAUGGUAUCAAAGACCUGGCUACUGUUUUCUUCUAUAUGCUGGUGGCAAUAAUCAUCCACGCAAUCAUUCAAGAAUAUGUUCUAGAUAAAAUAAACAGGAAAAUGCACUUCUCCAAGACGAAGCAUAGCAAGUUCAAUGAAUCUGGACAACUCAGUGCAUUCUACCUUUUCUCCUGCGUCUGGGGCACCAGCAUUCUUGUGUCUGAGAACUACAUUUCGGAUCCAACAUCGCUCUGGAGGGACUACCCGCAUACUGCAAUGCCGUUUCAAAUGAAGUUUUUUUACAUCUCCCAGCUAGCAUACUGGUUCCAUGCCUUUCCAGAACUCUAUUUCCAGAAGACAAAAAAAGAAGAUAUUCCUCGCCAGCUUGUCUACAUUGGGCUUUAUCUUUUCCAUAUCACUGGAGCUUAUCUGUUAAAUUUGACCCACCUUGGACUUGUUCUUCUGGUUUUACAUUAUUUUGUGGAAUUUCUGUUCCACAUCUCCAGACUCUUUUACUUCAGUGAUGAGAAAUAUCAGAAAGGGUUUUCAGUCUGGGCCGUGCUUUUUGUCUUGGGAAGACUCCUGACCUUGAUUCUUUCUGUACUUACUGUGGGAUUUGGCCUGGCCAGAGCAGAAGAUCAAACAUUGGAUUUUAGUACUGGAAACUUCAACGUGCUGCCAAUCAGAAUCAGCGUUUUGGCUUCCAUCUGUUUAACACAAGCCUUUAUGAUGUGGAAGUUCAUUAAUUUCCAACUGAGAAGGUGGAGAGAACAUUCUUCACCUCCCCAACCAGUGAAAAAGAAGUUUGUAACAGCUAAAGGCAAGCCUUCCAGAAAAGAAAGAGAAAAUGGAAUCAAUGGAACAUUAACCUCAAAUGGAGCAGACUCACCUCGCAGCAGAAAAGAAAAAUCCUCCUAAAACAGAACUUUCUUAAGUUAAUUGACUAAUAUCCCCAAAGAGAACUGCUUUUUACUUUGGAAAGUCCUUCAGCACCAGAGUUCCUAUUGUUAACAAAAAAAUUUAAUGCUUUUUUAUUAUUGUCACCAUAAUGCUUUGUUUAACUUUUUAAAAUCUUUUAACUGAAGAGAGGGCCACAUUAUUUUUUUAAUACCUUUGAAAAUGUUUUGAGUAUGAAUUGGAAUCCACUUUGCCAAAAUCAAUGAAACAACCUGCCAUUCCUUCCAGCUUUAUAGAGGUGAAUAUAGUCCAUUCCAAAAAAGUGUUAUAAUGUUCCUGUUUUUAAAGGGAACUCAAAGUUGAAGUUUAAACAUGUAACACCAUAUCUUUUUUUAGAUAUUCUCUAACACCUAGGUGUCUAUAUUGAUUUUACAGUUCACAAUGGAAUUUGUAAACCACCAAAAUAAUAUCCAUUAUUUUGUAGAUGGUAUCUACAGUGAUUCAAAAAAAUCCCUUAUUAAAAUACAGUUGGACUGAUUAAAA